AUGUCCGCAGUCAACGAUGGGACGAUAGAACACAAAGAAAAAACUUCUGCUAACGUUAAAAAGGUACGUGCAGUGGUCCUGUAGAGUGAGAGGGCUAGGGUAAGACUAGUGAAGCUAAAGCCAGAGCUAGACAUAAAGCUAGACCUAAACCGAGGACAGGAUUUAGACAAAGGCAUAUACCUAGAUUUAAACGUAGAGUUAGACUUAGAGCUGGCCCUAUACCUAGAGCUAGGCUUAAACUUAAAACUAAUCUAGGGCUAGGGCUAGGGCUAGGGCUAGGGCUAGGGCUAGGGCUAGGGCUAGGGCUAGGGCUAGGGCUAGGGCUAGGGCUAGGGCUAGGGCUAGGGCUAGGGCUAGGGCUAGGGCUAGAGCUAUAGCUAGAGCUAGAGCUAGCCCUAGAGCUAGUCUUAGAGCUGGACCUGAAGUUAGAACUUGACCUAGAAAUAUACCUAGACCUAGACCUUACCCUAGCGCUAGAUCGCAAGCUAGACCUAGACAUAAACAUAGAGCUGGGGCUAAAUACCAAUCUCUUUUCAGUCCAUCGCAUCAGUCAUUGUGAUCUCAUUAGUAGCCGUGUCAUGGGCUUGUGCUACGCAAUUUUCCAAAUCCGCACUCACAAUCAAUAGACAUGACUUUUACGCACCCUAUUCUAUGGUGUGGUUCAACACUAAUUUUAUGACAAUUUGUUACCCUGUGUUUCUCUUCUACAUAGUAUUGUUCGGUGAGGUUACCGUACAGGAAGCACACAAGGAUGCGUGCUUAGUGUUUAGUCGGAAAACGGUUAAAUUACGGUAAGUUUUAAGUUAAUUAACGCUGUGUUAAAGCUGUUUUAAUGCGCCACAAGAUAAUAUGAAACUACAUUCUUUAUUAAUUGUAAAACCACAGGAUUCUUUAAUGACCAUUAGCUUAGGCAACGUUUUUUCAGGCACAUCUUCACCAAAGUAGUCCCGUUUUUGGUUAUGUGGGUAGCCGCAAACUAUAGUUAUUCAUACGCUUUAGGUCACAUAUCAGCAUCGGCGGCUUCGGCUAUCAUGAGCUCAAAUACGGCAAUGGUCGCUAUAUUAGCAUACUUUUUGCUAUCGGUCGUCCCGUCUGUUGUGAAAGUAAGUAUUGCUUAUAAACGGCAUGUCAUAUAACAGAAUUUGUUUUUUGGAUCUUGUUGUUGCAUUUACUUACAGGUCAAUUUUUAUAUUCAUUUACAGGUAUUGGGAGCCUUAUUGGCAAUUGCUGGCGUAGUUGUAAUCUCAUUAGACAACGAAUUCACUGGUAGUCUUGUUGGUGUAUCACUGGUCAUUUUUUCAGCUUUAAGUGCAGCGUUUUAUAAGGUGAGCAACAAAUUAAGGAUAAUUAAAAACUUUUUUUCAUUUUAUAAUCAAAAUAAAUUUAAAUUAUCAAUGCCAAUACAAUAACCAGCGUAUUUUACAUUCCAGGUAUUUUUCAAAAAAGUCAACUGUGAUGCCAAUCUGGGUCAAGUUUCAUUGUUUAUGACCAUGCUUGGUCUGUGUAACUUAUUGUUGAACAUUUGGCCUGCCCUAAUAUUAGUCUAUACGGAUGUUGAUCACAUUAAAUUUCACGCAGUGCCGUGGCUGCCUUUAAUUGGAGCAGCUUUAUUAAGCUUAAUUUUUAACUUUUUGGUCAAUUUUGGAAUCGCAUUGUUGAAUCCGUUGAUCAUUUCGGUUGGAAUGUUGUGUGGAAUACCCGUUAGUGCAGGUAGGGGUAAUCAAAUCUUUUUUUGAGGAUAAUCUUAUCUUAAAGUCUUCUAUGUUUUGAGCGUAGGCUAGACCUAAAAGCUCGGGCUAAACCUGGUUUGAGCUUGGGCUAGACUUGAAAAGAGUUUUAUUAAGCCCGGCCGUGCCACGCCGACACUUGUGGGCGCGGGAUCGGGGCUUUAAUCAAGGCCCCAGAGACCCAGCUUAGGUCCCGCAACAAAAGAUUUGGCUUUCAAAGAAAUUUGUUUUUUUCAGCGAUUGACAUCAUUUUCCGUGGAAUGACCGUCAGCUGGACGUUUGGCACAAGCGCUUGUUUGUUUAUAUUGUCGUUCAUUUUGAGCACAUUCCCGUUAGAGCAAUGGUGGAGGCAGUGUAGAGAAACACGUACAUCGUCGGCUGUAUAA